CUUCCUGUUGACCCGAGUGAUGACGCAGUAGCACUUCCGCCCUGCUGUUUGGACAGGCCGUGCGCGCGCCGCUGUGUGAGGAGUUCAUGUGAUUGUAGCGGAGUUCCGGAGGAACCUGAUGGAGCUCUGAGGAGCAGGAGAAGAUGCGUGAAGCCAGUGUUUGUCUGGAAGACUGGAGAGAUCCUCUAGUAAAAGUGAGCUAACCCCCACAUGGCCUGCGAGUCGGCUUUCCCCGCCACCAUGGACGAGCAGGCCCUCAUGGGACUGAACCCCAACGCUGAUGCCUGCUACAGGCAGAGGGCACUGGUGUAUUUUGAGCAGCUGAAGGAAUCUCCUGAUGGAUGGGAGGUGUGUGCUGAAGCACUGGCUAAAGGUAUCUACAGUGAUGAUCAUGUAAAGUUCUUUUGUUUUCAAGUUCUGGAGCAUCAGAUCAAAUACAGGCAUGCGAGACUCACCGGAGCUCAGCAGCAGCUCAUUAGAGAGACUUUGAUGAAAUGGCUGCAGUUGCAGUUGAUGAGCUCACACCCUGAGAAGCCAUUCAUCAAGAACAAGGCCGCACAGGUGUUUGCGCUCACCUUUGUCAUGGAGUACCUGACGCUGUGGCCCAAGUUCUUCUUUGAUGUUCUCUCUCUGGUGGGUCUAAACCCUUAUGGCCUGGACAUCUACCUGCGUACGCUCAUGGCCAUCGACGCCGAGGUGGUGGACCGGGACAUCUUGCACUCUCCUGAGAUAAAUACACGUCUGUGUCUGCAGGAGACCCGCAGGAACACUCUGAUUAAAGACAGCAUGAGAGAGUCGUGUAUCCCGGCCCUGGUGGAGUCCUGGUACCAGAUCCUGCAGACGUAUCAGCGCACUCACACCGAGCUCACGUGUCAGUGUCUGGAGGUAGUCGGCGUGUACGUGUCCUGGAUCGACCUCAACCUCAUCGCCAACGACAGGUUUGUGAAUGUGUUGUUGAGUCACAUGUCGGUGGAGGAGCUGAGGGAGGAGGCCUGUGAUUGUCUGUUUGAGAUCGUUAAUAAAGGCAUGGACCCAGUGGACAAAACCAAACUGGUGGAGUCUCUCUCUCAGGUCCUCCAGAGUGCUGGAUUCUUCAACAUCAAGCAGGAGGAGGACGUGGACUUCCUGGCUAAGUUCUCACGUCUGGUAAAUGGAAUGGGUCAGGCUCUGGUGUUGAGCUGGACCAAACUCACUAAAACCGGAGACCUGAAGGUGGCAGCAGAAGCCCUGCAGGCUCUGGAGGCCAAGAUCCCGCUGAUGCUGCAGCUGCUGAUGCACGAGGACGAUGACAUCUCAACUAAUAUAGUGGGCUUCUGUUACGACUACUUACACGUGCUCAAACAGCUUCCUGUCCUUAAUGAUCAGCAGAAGAGUAACACUGAGGCCAUCAUGCUGGCUGUUAUGAAAAAACUGACAUAUGAUGACGAGUACAACUUUGAAAAUGAGGGUGAGGAUGAGGCCAUGUUUGUGGAGUACAGGAAGCAGUUGAAGAUGCUGCUUGAUCGCUUGGCUCAGGUUUCUCCUGAGCUCUUACUGGAGUCUGUGCAUAGAGUCUUCACCAGCACUAUGCAGAGCUGGCAGUCAUCCCGUUUCAUGGAGGUGGAGGUGGCAAUUCGCUUGUUUUACAUGUUAGGAGAAGCACUACCUGCAUCCCAUGGAGCUCAUUUCAGUGGUGAUGCAACAAAAGCCAGCACGCUGCAGGACAUGAUGAGGACGCUCAUCUCAAGUGGUGUGAGUGAGUACCAGCACACCUCUGUGACUCUGGAGUUUUUUGAGACUGUUGUUCGCUAUGACAAGUUCUUCAUUGUGGAGCCUCAGCACAUUCCACAUGUCCUGAUGGCAUUUUUGGAUCAUCGUGGUCUGAGGCACAGCAGUCCGAAGGUGCGCAGCAGAGUGGCGUACCUUUUCUCCAGGUUCAUCAAAACCCUACAUAAACACAUGAACGCUUUUAUUGAAGACAUCCUGAGCCGAAUACAGGACCUUCUGGCUUUGAACCCUCCUGAGAACGGGUUUCCUGCGCUCCUGAGCAGUGAUGAUCAGCUGUUCAUGUUUGAGACGGCCGGGGUUCUGAUCGUGAACGGUGAGUGUCCAGCUGACAGGAAGCAGGUGCUCAUGCGCAGUCUCCUCACGCCGCUCAUGGAGGCCUUCCGCCUGCUGCUGGCCAAACUCACCCAGGAGAGCGACGAGGAGAGACAGACUGCACUCGCUGACUGUCUCGGUCAUGCUGUGGGCUUUGCCAGCCGUACUAGUAAGGCGUUCAGUAAUAAGCAGACGGUAAAGUUGUGUGGUUGCUCUGAGGUCUACCUGGACUGCCUGCAGACGUUCCUCCCCGCGCUAAGCUGUCCUGUCCAGCGGGGGACGCUGCGCAGCGCCGUACGCUCCUUCCUUCAUCGCAUGAUCAUCUGUCUGGAGGAGGAGGUCCUGCCCUUCAUCCCCAAUGCCAGUGAGCACAUGCUCAAGGACUGUGAACCCAAGGACCUUCAGGAGUUCAUCCCCCUCAUCAGCCAGAUCACAGCCAAGUUCAAGAGUCAGGUGUCUCCGUUCUUGCAGCAGGUCUUUAUGCCAUUAGUUCUGGCCAUUUUUGAGGUUUUAUCUCGACCAGCAGAAGAGAACGAUCAAACAGCUGCUCUGGAGAAGCAGAUGCUGAGGAGGAGCUACUUCAGCUUCAUCCAGACCAUCGCCAGCAGUGGCAUGAACGAGGUCAUGGCCAACCAGGGUGCUGAGAACAUUGAGCGUGUGCUCUUCACCAUUAUUCAGGGAGCAGUGGACUUCCCUGACCCCAUCGCUCAGAAGACCUGUUUCAUAAUCCUCUCCAGACUAGUGGAGCUUUGGGGAGGUAAAGACGGUUUAAUCGGCUUCCCAGACUUUAUUUACAAGCACAUUCUCCCCGCGUGUUUUCUGGCUCCUCUCAAACCGACCUUUGACCUGUCUGAUGCACAGACCAUCCUGACUUUAUCUGAGUGCACACUGACUCUGAAAAUCAUUCAUCUCAAGAGGGGGCCAGAGUUUCUUCAGUUUCUGCAGCAGGAGUAUCUGCCGUCUCUGCACGUCUCACCUGAGAUCACACGGGAACUCUGUCAAGUGCUUCAGCAGCCCGACACCAAAGUCCUGAAAAAUUACAUGAAGGCCUUCUUUCAACAAGCCAAACUGUAAACCUGCGAGUUUUACAUCAUAAAUUAAAGAACUGCGCUUAGUAUAGAAGCUGCUUCAGCACUUAAAGGGAGAAGCGUAACUGCGGCCGUCUCUGAUGUGAAGAGGAAAAACGCUACAGGACUCGCUCUCACCCACCAAGUACAGUCACACUGUCUCGAGGACGGACGUCUGUGAUUGGACACACGGACACGUCAGGGAGCCGCGAGGAAACCGAACCUCAGGACUUUGGGGAAAGAGAUUUUGUUCUGAACAAGUGCUUAAGAAUUAUGACCCAUGAUUCCAGUAAUAUUUAGUAUUUGUGAAAGCGUGGGGAUUUAAACGAACCUGUCCAGGGUUAAAGAGUGUGUGUGUGUGUGUGUGUGUGUGUGUGUGUGUGUGAGCAGCUGGAAACGGGGAGUUUUGCUGAAAUUAUUUUAUUUAAUUAGAUUUUUUUUUAUGUUAUAAAAUAGGAAUGUUUAGUUUUUAUUUGGAGUGAUGAUGAAAUUUCUGAUCUGAAACAGACGAAUGUGUGAAGUUUGUUUUCCCCCAAUUCAUAGCAGAUUAAAUGCAGAAUAACCAGU